GCUGCGGGAACCAAGCUCCUCCUCAGGCCUUCUCCUCCCAGGCACUGGCCUUGCGCCCUGAGCUGCAACCUCUGCUCUCCAGGACAUGGCAGGUCCCGCGAGCAUCAUAGCUGGCCUCCUGCUUCUGGCCCUUUGUGUCGGCUACAUCCUCCCCACAGGCUCUGUGGUCAUCCCCUCUUCUUGCUGCUUAUCCUUUAUUUCUAAGAAAAUUCCCGAAAGCCGAGUGGUAAGCUACCAGAUGUCCAGCGGGAGCACCUGCCCCAAGACAGGGGUGAUCUUCACCACCAAGAAGGGCCUGAAGGUCUGUGGCGAUCCCAAGCAGCCGUGGGUCCAGAAGUACGUGAAUAACCUGGACGCCAAGCAGAAGCAACCUUCCACGGGGGCAAGGACACGGGGCGUCAAGGUCCCCAGGCAGAGACACCGUGGCAACAGCACUCCCAACUAACCACCACCUGCCCUCCUGCUCUGAGCUUGGGCGUGGGCUCCCUGCCGGGCAACUUGGGGCCUGGGAAGCCCACGGGAGAAGGGCAAGGGUUAAUUUUCCUGUUCAGUCUCAGGGAUGUGGCUCUUCUGUGAAAAUCCCAGGGUAACAGGCUGUCUGCUCCCUGGAAGCUAAACCAUGGCUCCAAGUGUCCUGGGCCCCUGGCUGCCCCGAGCUGGGGGAGAAGGUUCUAGAAGGAGGGAGGUGGCAGCCCUUUGCCCUUCUCCCUACCUGGAGCUGGCCCUUCUCUGACCUACAGGGUCCAUCAGAGCCCAGGUGCAUGAGACCCAAGCACCUGCAGACACAGCCUCCUGGCAGGGAGCCUGCAGGCGGCUCCAACAGGUCCUCUCGUCUCGUGGUGGGUCUGAGGGCUGUGCGUCUGUCUGUCUGUCUGUCUGGGGAUGGUGACCUGUCAACAGAGAUGCUCCCCGGCAUGUUGGGGAUGCUCCCGGAUGGCCACACCUCCAGCACUUCAAAUAAAUAAAAACUCAACAAAAAUGGAGGAUCCCCUGGCUGAUUCACUGUGGGAUCCUUGCCUACUUCUCAAAGUUUCAGGAACAACGCAUCGGUUUUUGUAAAGAAAAGGAGACAGAGGGCCAGGGUGAGGGGCAACAUGCACCGUUGGAGUCCUUUGCUGAUAGGAAUUGAAGGAGAUAUUCUGCUGGGUGACAGGGUUUGCUUCUUGCUGCUUUGGGGUUUCCUCCACAUUUUGGUGAAGGGAAGAUGGGGUGGGAGCUGAGUGGGGGAGAGAGACCCCAGCCGUUUCUCUGUGCAUGAGAACUGUCAAGUGCUCCAGAGUCACUGAUCUGAAAUCAUC